GAACCUGCAGCUGCCUCUGUCGCCUCCCCUGCAUCUCCCAUCAUUUCUCCAGCCGUUAACCCCGAAGUGCCUCCUCUGUCUGUGGCACAGCCAAAGAAAGUCAUGGGAGUCGGUUUUGGAGACAUUUUCAAAGAAGGCUCUGUGAAGCUUAAAACGCGGAUACCCAACCCUGAACCCGACGUGAAAAAGCCUGAGAAGCCGUCACCUACUCCAACGCCACCGACAAAAGUAGCUCGCACUUUAAGUUCAGAGCCCUCCAGGACAGAAACAGACAGCAGACCUAAAGCCAAAUAGAUGUGUCGGGCGCUGUACAACUACGAUGCGACCAAUGAUGAUGAGCUUAGUUUUAAAGAUGGUGACAUCCUCCACCUAAUAAGUAAGGACACAGGAGAUCCGGGCUGGUGGAGAGGUGAGCUCAACGGAAAGGAAGGAGUUUUUCCUGACAACUUUGCUGCUAUAAUCCAAGAUUCUGAAAAGGAAAAGCCAAAGAAGCCCCCGCCACCUACAAAAAGCCCGGUGCCAAAGCCGGAGCUUCAUCUAGGAGAGAAGAGGUUUACUCCAACAAAACCAGAAGAGAAAGAUGAAAAGCCAUCUCUGGAACCUAAGCCUUCCAAACCAGCCGCUCCUCAGGUACCUCCCAAGAAGCCCAUACUUGUAAACAAGUCAAAUAGCCUAGUGAAGCCAGCCACCAUCCCACCCAAACGACCAGAAAAGCCAGCUUUCUCCACUCCUCCAUCCAAGUAA